UCACUGCUGCAGAGGGCUGCGCUGCGGCUGGGAGGGCUCCCCGCCCCCGCCUGCACCCCGCUAGGCGCCCAGCUGAGGCCCCCGUGCUGCCACCACCGCCGCCGGAGCAGGAAGUGGCAGGUCCCCUAUGUGACUCACUCGCAGUAGGUAGCCGGGGACGGAGCCUUCCCAUGUGUGAGUCUGGACGCCAUCCGAGGAAGCCCAGGCGCGAGCCAGACCACCUCCCUGCUGGUGGGGACCCCGGCCCGGCUGCAGAGGGGCCCCGGGACGACCAGCGCUGAGGCCUCACGGGCCUGCUCAGCCCAGCCGGGCGCACCGGACUACACCAGCGGCCCAGUGAGCGGAAUACCAACCCACAUCGCCCAUGGAGCUGCAGGCCGCAGAGGCCCCCGCCCGGCCCCACUCGCCAGCCCCGGUGAGGCCAGAGGCCUAGGCCCGGGCCCACGGAGGAGGGUGGGGGCCGCCAGAUGCCCCCCAGGCCGGGGCUGGUCCUGAGGGUGCCCAGGGCCAAGGAUGCCGGCCAAGGGGCGCUACUUCCUCAACGAGGGCGAGGAGGGCCCGGACCAGGCGGCGCUCUAUGAGAAGUACCGGCUCACCAGCCAGCACGGGCCGCUGCUGCUCACCCUGCUGGUGGCCGCCACCGCCGCCUGCUGCGCCCUCAUCGCCAUCGCCUUCAGCCAUGGGGACCCCUCUCAGCACCAGGCUGUGCUGGCCACGGCGUUCCUGGCGCUCGCCGUGUUUGUGGCUGUCUACGUGCUGGUGUACGUCGAGUGCCUUGUUCGGCGCUGGCUCAGGGCGGUGGCGCUGCUCACCUGGGCCUGCCUGCUGACGCUGGGCUAUGUGCUGGUGUUCGACUCGCGGACGAAGCAGGCCUGUGCGUGGGAGCAGGUGCCCUUCUUCUUGUUCAUCAUCUUCGUGGUGUACACGCUGCUGCCCUUCAGCACGCAGGGAGCUGUGGCCGUGGGGGUCGUCUCCACCGCCUCCCACCUGUUGGUGAUCGGCGCUGUGAUGGGGGUCUUCACCACGCCCAGCGCCCAGGUGGGGCUACAGCUGCUGGCCAAUGCUGUCAUCUUCCUGUGCGGCAACUUCACGGGUGCCUUCCACAAGCACCAGCUGCAGGAUGCCUCCCGCGACCUCUUCACCUACACGGUCAAGUGCAUCCAGAUCCGCCGGAAGCUGCGCAUUGAGAAGCGUCAGCAGGAGAACCUGCUGCUGUCUGUGCUGCCGGCGCACAUCUCCAUGGGCAUGAAGCUGGCCAUCAUCGAGCGGCUCAAGGAGCACGGGGACCGCCGCUACCUGCCCGACAACAACUUCCACAGCCUCUACGUCAAGCGGCACCGGAACGUCAGCAUCCUCUACGCGGACAUCGUGGGCUUCACGCGCCUGGCCAGCGACUGCUCCCCCAAGGAGCUGGUGGUGGUGCUCAACGAGCUUUUCGGCAAGUUUGACCAGAUCGCCAAGGCCAACGAGUGCAUGCGGAUCAAGAUCCUGGGUGACUGCUACUACUGCGUGUCGGGCUUGCCCGUGUCCCUGCCUACCCACGCCCGGAACUGUGUGAAGAUGGGGCUGGACAUGUGCGAGGCCAUUAAGCAGGUGCGGGAGGCCACGGGCGUGGACAUCAGCAUGCGUGUGGGCAUACACUCGGGGAACGUGCUGUGUGGCGUCAUCGGGCUGCGCAAGUGGCAGUACGACGUGUGGUCCCACGACGUGUCGCUGGCCAACAGGAUGGAGGCGGCUGGAGUCCCCGGCCGGGUGCACAUCACAGAGGCGACGCUGAGCCACCUGGACAAGGCGUACGAGGUGGAGGACGGGCACGGGCAGCAGCGUGACCCCUACCUGAAGGAGAUGAACAUCCGCACCUACCUGGUCAUUGACCCCCGGAGCCAGCAGCCGCCCCCACCCAGCCAACAGCUGCCCAGGCCCCGGGGGGAUGCGGCCCUGAAGAUGCGGGCGUCCGUGCGCAUGACCCGCUACUUGGAGUCCUGGGGGGCGGCGCGGCCCUUCGCACACCUCAACCACCGCGAGAGCGUGAGCAGCGGCGAGACCCCCGUCCCCAGUGGCCGGAGGCCCAAGGCCAUUCCCCUACGGCGCCACCGGACCCCUGACAGGAGCGCAUCCCCCAGGGGGCGGGCGGAGGACGACUCCUAUGAUGACGAGAUGCUGUCAGCCAUCGAGGGGCUCAGCUCCACCAGGCCCUGCUGCUCCAAGUCUGACGACUUCUACACCUUUGGGUCCAUCUUCCUGGAGAAGGACUUUGAACGAGAGUACCGCCUGGCGCCUGUGCCCCGUGCCCGCUACGACUUUGCCUGCGCUGGCCUCAUCUUUGUCUGCAUCCUGCUAGUCCACCUCCUGGUGAUGCCCAGGACGGUGGCCCUGGGUGUGUCCUUUGGGCUGGUGGCCUGCGUGCUGGCGCUGGUGCUAGGCCUGUGCUUUGCCACAGAGCUCUUGAGGGGCUGCCUGGCCCCCGGGACGCGCCGGGCCAUCUCGGAGCGGGUGGAGACGCAGCCCCUGCUGAGGCUGACCCUGGCCGUGCUCACCAUCGGCAGCCUGCUCACUGUGGCCGUCAUCAACCUGCCCCUGAUGCCUCUCCCAGCCUUGGGGCUGCCUGGUGGCAACGAGACGAGCCCAGAGACCUUGAGCGGCAAGGAUGCGACCCUGUGUGCGGUCCUCCCGUAUUACACCUGCACUUGCAUCCUGGGCUUCGUGGCUUGCUCGGUCUUCCUGCGGAUGAGCCUGGAGCUGAAGUUGGUGCUGCUGACAGUGGCCCUGGUGGCCUACCUGCUGCUCUUCAACCUCUCCCCCUGCUGGCAGUGGGACUGCUGCGGCUCGGGCCUGGGCAACCUCACCACGGGCAAUGGCACCCUCAGCAGCACCCCCACCUGUUCCUGGAGGGAUCUGAAUACCAUGAUCAACUUCUACCUGGUCCUGUUUUACGGCACCCUGGUCAUGCUCUCCAGACAGAUCGACUACUACUGCCGCCUGGACUGUCUGUGGAAGAAGAAGUUCAAGAAGGAGCACGAGGAGUUUGAAACCAUGGAGAACGUGAACCGCCUGCUCCUGGAGAACGUGCUGCCAGCCCACGUGGCCGCCCACUUCAUUGGGGACAAACUCAACGAGGACUGGUACCAUCAGUCCUACGACUGCGUCUGCGUCAUGUUCGCCUCCGUGCCGGACUUCAAGGUGUUCUACACCGAGUGCGACGUCAACAAGGAGGGGCUGGAGUGUCUGCGGCUGCUCAACGAGAUCAUCGCCGACUUCGAUGAGCUGCUGCUGAAGCCCAAGUUCAGCGGCGUGGAGAAGAUCAAGACUAUCGGCAGCACGUACAUGGCGGCUGCGGGGCUCAGCGUCACCCCAGGGCACGAGAACCAGGACCUGGAGCGGCAGCACACCCACAUCGGCGUCAUGGUGGAGUUCAGCAUGGCCCUGAUGAGCAAGCUGGAUGGCAUCAACCGGCACUCCUUCAACUCCUUCCGCCUGCGAGUCGGCAUAAACCACGGGCCGGUGAUUGCUGGAGUGAUUGGGGCUCGGAAACCUCAGUAUGACAUCUGGGGAAACACAGUCAAUGUUGCCAGCCGAAUGGAGAGCACCGGAGAACUCGGCAAAAUCCAGGUGACAGAAGAGACCUGCACCAUCCUCCAGGCACUGGGCUACUCCUGCGAAUGCCGGGGACUGAUCAACGUCAAAGGCAAAGGCGAACUGAGGACUUACUUUGUCUGUACAGACACUGCCAAGUGUCAAGGGCUGGGGCUCAACUGAGGGCUCUGGUGGGUUCAGAACGUGCUGGGGGCCAGUUUCCUGCCCUCAGCCCCUUGCCAGUCACACAGCAUCGCCACCUCUGGCAGACGGCUGUGCGCGGCUUCCUUGGAUUUGCACUACAGGAUUCCUCAGACCCGGGCACGAGGUGCUGGCUCGAAGCGCCACUGAGCUGGAACACGGCGACAGCCAGGGCCUCAGUGCUGUUGGUCUGCAGUGGUCCCCGGGUCAGCUAGAAAAGGACCACGGGCAGGCCAGCUGCUGUCCUCGUGACUCUGAGAGCCUGUGGGCAUGCCCAGGACAGACGGGUGUUUCCCAGGGAGGAGGAGGGCUAAGGCAGGGUGGUCCUUUCCCUAGUGCGACAGCUAUGCUGUUCCCUGCCGAUCACAAAGGCCUACCGGCAGAGGGCGUUGAGAAAGGGUCUCAAAACCCCCCUGCAUCUGACUCUGUGGUCCUUGCUGUCUCUGGCACGUGGCUGUUUGAAAGGGAUACAUUAACAGGGUUUCUAUUCCUUUUCUAAGACUUAGAUGCUCAACAAAGCCUCUCGCCUCCAGCCCAUCCGUGGUCUUCGCAGGCACUGACACUUGAGGGCUGCUGUCCAGCGGCGGCUUAGAGCUCAGGCCUGUGGUAGGGACGGAGCGCUGAGGAAUGUGGCUCACAGCGCGCCAGCAGGCAGGGCAAGACUCCUGGCUCCGACUCGGGCAACUCUGCGGCAGCUGGCGGGGUCGGGAGUCAGGGCCAGAGUCGGUGAGCUGACGGUCUAGAAGGCAAGGUGCAGCCCUUAACCGACCCUGACUGCUCACGUGUUUCUGAGCUCUCCUCAGCAGUCUUCAACUACGUCUUCCUUUUACGGGGAAGGAACGAAGCCUGUACACGCAGAGAACUCGGACUUCCUCCUCCCCUCCCUUGGGCUUCACUGCUCACCCCGAAGAGCUCUGGCACUUGUGGGAUCUCCUUAGCAUUGACAGGGGGCGGAGCUGCCUACACGCGGGGAGCUAGCCCUCGCACCCUGAAGGAGCGCUCCUGCUAGAACUCAGUCUCACUCCCCAGCAGGGAUUCUCAGCCAGAAGUCAUCCAGGCGCCGGGCAGCCCAGGGGCAGCUCUCAGAGCUGCAUGUAACUGGCACCGGUAUGAACACAUUCAAAGAGCCUGUUGAUAGAGGUGUUUUAGGGCCAAAAUGGCAGUAAGAGAAACAACCUUACUUCAGCUGUCUUACGUGUUGACUUUUCACAUAAAGGGCUGGUUUUGGGCAAGUCCUGUACUGAAACCUGUUCUUGAAAGUAGCGGGGCCUCCUGGGGUCGGAAGGUCCUGCUGCUGCCGCUGGCAGUGCCGGGCCUCUCUGAGGCUGAGCCUGCACUUCUGCUCCUGCACAGCAAUCCCAACUGAGAGUUUGCGAUAACCGGCGACCACCCUGGAUUUUUCUCUAUUUCCAAUCAAAGCGUCUGCUCAGACAGGAGGAUUUACAUGUUUAGGGCACAGGUGCACGCUGUACUUUUUCUAACAGUGACCUCCCUGUGGAUCAAGGACUGGCUUCAAAUUCCUACUAAGGCAGCCUGACUGCGAACGUAACCGCUGAAGUCUUCUGGUUUACUUGUUAAGCAGAUUUCCUAACAGAUACUCACCCAGUGUUUACUCAGUGUACAUAACGGGGCGAUGUACAGAAAUAUGCUUUGAGAAGGUGCAUGCAAAUAACUAGGGUUUAUCCUGCAUUUGGAAUAUUUAUAAAUCUAACAUUUAUUUCAAAAUGUUGUUACAUUUUUAUGAAGCGCCAGUGUUUAUAGCUGCCUUUUAAAGAUUAAAUUAGCAAUUUAGAAAACUGUGUCCUAAGGGGUUUUAACAUUUGACUACUGAUCUUCAGGAACUUAAUUUAUUUGGGUAGAUCUAAAAUUGAAAAAUCAGUCAUGACCCGAACCAUAUUUUAGAAAGUAAAGUUGCACUCUUAAAAUAGACUUGACAAAAACAUUUGAACUGGUAUUUUGAUUCUUUUCAUAUACUGUUUUAAAAAGAUCAGGUCAUCUCUAGCUCUGUUGAGAGAAUCCAACCUUCCUUCACCCUACUGGUAGCUAAGUAUUAACUCUGAAAGUCCAGACGAUGACAAUUAGCAUGCCUCCGGCCUGGUGCUGGCUGAAGUGGCUCAGCCAUGUACAGAAUGAGGCUCUUCCAUUUUGACUUUUGCCUGCUUCAACAGACGCUACACUGAACCGGACAUGGCAAAGCCAGCCCUCACUCACCUCAGCCCAGGGACUGCUGACAGGAGGGGAUCCCAGCUCGCGGUCUCCCCUUCAAUCCCUUUAGGGAUUAAAGCGCUCAGGUACUGGCCUUUGCUUUUCAGGUCAAAAGAACAGAUGGCUGAGGGUCACUGAUCUGUCAAACUUUCCUUUAAGGUCAAUAAUUCCCUGAUGUAUUCAAAGAUGAUUUAAUUUAUCUUACUUGGCUUCCCUGUGCUAUAGUUCCAAAUAACACUCUGAAACAUAGAAAACAAAAAACAAAAAGAAUCCCAGAUGUGUUACAGUGCUGUGAAACUCCAACUAUGUUUUUUUGUUUGUUUGUUUUGUUUUGGGGGGGAGGAAGGACGGGGGAGGGCCCUAGCUUCCCUACAUAAGGAUACCAUUCUCAUCAGGUGCCUAGGGGUCAAGACUACUACUAAAUUCUAAAAUGAUCUGAGGGGCCAGAGGUGUGCAGUCUAUUAAGCUGAUGCCUAUAAUGUCAGCAUCCCCUAUCAGAGUGUUGGUUUGACUCACAUCUGCUCUGCUUCCAAUCAAGCUCCCUGUUAAUGCACAUAGGAGGGCAGUGGAGCAUGGUCCAAACACUUGUGCCAUUGCCAUUCAUGGCUGAGACCUGGAUAAAGUUCCAGACUCCUGGCUUCACCCUGGCCCAGCCUUGGCCGUUGUGGCCAUUUGGGGAAUGAAUCAGCAGAUGGAAGACCGUCCCCUCUUCCCUAAUCCUGUCGCUCUGCCUUUCAAAUAAAUAAAUUUACAAGUAAAAUGA